AUGUGUGGAGGCGAGAUUGAAAUCAUCCCCUGCUCACGUGUCGGCCACAUCUUCCGUGGUGAUAACCCUUACAAGUUCCCUAAAGAUCGUGUGAAGACAGUGGAGAGAAACUUGGCCAGGGUUGCGGAGGUGUGGCUGGAUGACUAUAAAGAGCUGUUUUAUGGCCAUGGCUACCACCAUCUGCUGGACAAAAGUGUGACUGAUAUAGGAAAUCUGACAGAACAGAUUGAGCUGAGAAAAAAUCUCAAGUGUAAAAGUUUUAAAUGGUACUUGAAGAAUGUGUACCCAGAUCUGGACACCCCUCCGGUCAAAGCAGAAGGACUGAUUUUCAAUGUUGGAACCAGAAAAUGUUUGGUAUUUCAAAAUGACAUUUUAUUUUUCAAUAAAUGUGAUCUCGCAAAUAAGAGUCAACACUUCAGCUACACCUGGUUAAGGAUACUUCGACAGAACACUUCCUGUUUGGCUCCUCAGGAAAAACAGAUUAUCAUGGAACAAUGUGACAACACAAAGCCACAUCUCCGCUGGAUGCACAAGUCUGGUAAAGCUUUGACGGAGCAUGUGAUGAUGGACGGUCAUUCCCAACCCAUUUGCCUGGAAGCUGGAGUUAAAGCCGACAGCAUCUUCCUUAAGGACUGUGAUCCUAUCAAUACUUUUCAGAAAUGGCAGUUUACACACUACUACGCUGAGUGAGAUGCUCCAGAAUAUCACUCACAUAUUGUCCAUAACAACUUUCACCUCUGUGCAUAGAUUUGUAAUUUAGUUUUUGUUUUUUGUUUUUAAUAGCAUAUGUGUGGUUUGAUGAGAGUUUACUUUAUGCACUUUGUAUAAUACAGAUAUGGUUUUUGACAUUCUGAAUCAUAGGGGUUUGAGGUUCACAUCAGGGAAUCAGGCCUUCUCUUUUGCAUAAUCCAGGUUAUUUGUAUUUUAUGAUUUGCUUGGGAAAUACUGGUAUGGAUAGCAAAUGAUUCACAGGAUUUUCUACAACAAAAAACAUUUUGAAGUACCCUUAUGAUAUUUUCACAAUAAAGUUCUUGUUCCUUGUAAACACAAGGAUUUCAUUUUUUAUAUCUUGUUCAAGUCAUUAUGAAAUGACCGACUUUACUAUCAUAUUGUGACAUAUUUGCAAGUGAAGAAAACAAUUUAUUGGAUUGUGGAAAGUGAGUGGUGCAUACCUAU